UCGAACACCCCCCGCGAAAAACCAUCUUCACAGCAGCACUCUCAGCUCCGCAGAGCUCAUCAAUGGCGUCCACCUCCGCCACCGCCGCCGUAGCAUCCACCCUCUGGAACCAAAUCAACUCCUCUCGCUCAGUUUCAGACGAUCAGCUAUCUAUCUUGCAUUUCCUAUAUGGGAAGAACUUGGAGCGAGCCACCAGGAUUGUAGAUCAGGGCGGUGUUCGUAAGGUUUCAGGCUUCCCCAGUGGCCGCUUUCUCUUUCUGGUUGUUGGGGAAUCAAAGCGGAAAGAAGAGUAUAUCUGCUUUCCCGAGCACCACUGCACUUGCUAUUCCUUCUUCUAUGACAUUGUCAACCGCAGUGAACAGCUCUGUUGUAAACAUCAAAUAGCUGCUCGGUUGGCAGAGGCGGUCGGUGCCCAUGAUGAAGUGUCAGUUUCGGAUGAGCAUUUGGCUUUAAUGCUUUCCAAGCUCUGAUGAUUCAGGUGCGAAGCAUCGGAAUUGGUUGUGUGGGUAUUGUGUUUGUUAUAUUUCUUCAAAGUUUUUUAUGACUACUUGAUGAAAUACACUUGUUUGUUUGCUUG